AUGGAAUCUAAUUUCAAAAAAGGGACAAAUAUUUUACAACAGCCACCCGUUAUCCCGCCAAAGGUAGUUGUGGACUCAAGAACUCAAACAGUAACAACAGAACCGGAUAAGAAGGGUCCGCAGAAGACCGAAGGCACCGCCGAUGCAAAAAAAGACGCUAAAUCGGGUAAGCCGGAUGAAACAGGUCCGGAAUGGGGACCAUUCGGGAAGCAAGAGGUACCGAAACAAAAACCCUGGGUAUUCGAGGGUGAAGCAAGAUAUCCACCAAAUUUCUACACGGCAGAACAUCUUUCGAGAACCAAUCAUUGA